UGUGGGUUCUCCUCACGCUAUGCCAAUCACGUCAAGAGGCACAUGAAGACUCACAACGGGGAGAAGCCGUACCGCUGUCCCCUGUGUACCUACGCCUCAGCCCAGCUGGUCAACCUGCAGAGACACCUGAGGAUUCACACUGGGGAGAAACCAUACAGCUGUGACUCCUGRUCCUUCGCCUGCAGUUCCCUAGGCAACCUGAAAAGGCAUCAGAGGAUGCAUGUGGUGGGACAGGAAGCAGUCAGACCUGCUAGUCGACCUCCUAUUGGUCCCUCUGCAGGUGGGUAUGGUCUGAAGAGGCCCCGGGAGGAAGAGCRUAGUGUUCCAGCUGAAGAAGCCCUAAGGCCUGACCUGAACCUCCAUGUAGGAGGCCAUAGCAGAGACUACCUGCCAUGCUCUGAUGGACUGAAGGUACCACCACCACCACCAGAACUCCCUGAGCACCAGCCCUCAAGACUUCUGGAGGUGCCUGGCUGUGGACCUGGGMCUGAGUCCGGGGGUAGGGUUGAGGCUGUGGUGGGAGUGAAGUCCGAGGACAGAGAUUCACUCCCUCCUCUCCCCUUCCUCUUCACCUGUCGUCUCUGUGGUAUCCCCAUGGAGGACGAGGACGGCUCCACCACCCAGAUCUGUGCCAAGUGCACCCUGGACAUGCUGAACAAGGACUCAUCUGGUCCCAACAGCCCCGGGGAGCGUGGGGAUAAGGUCUACACCUGCAGCGCCUGUCCCUUCCUCACCCACUACCCCAACCACCUGGCGCGACACAUGAAGACGCACAGCGGAGAGAAGCCGUACAAGUGCCCUCAGUGCGACUACGCCUCCGCCCACUUCGACAACCUGAAACGCCACCACCGCGUGCACACGGGCGAGAAGCCGUACAAGUGCCACCUGUGUGACUACGCCUGRGGGAACCUGGCUAACUUAAAACGCCACCAGCGGGUCCACUCAGGCGCCAAGCCYUUCCAGUGCGCAGUGUGUAGCUACAGCUGUAACCAGAGUAUGAAUCUGAAGAGACACAUGCUGAGACACACGGGKGAGAAGCCUUAUAAGUGCCAGCAGUGUGGAUACACCACGGGACACUGGGACAACUACAAACGACACCAGAAGAAACAUGGCCUCGCCACCGACGGAUGGGUCAAAGUUCAGAUGCCAGGUGCCCAUGAGGAAGAGGAGGAGGAAGAGAGGGAGGUGGGACAGCCACAGAGUAAAGAAGGAGAGUUGGUGAUCCAGUACAUGUCCAGAUAAGGAGAGGACGAGCUGGGACAUACAGUACAUGUCCAGAUAAGGAGAGGACGAGCUGGGACAUACAGUAUAUGU